AUGGGUACAAGAUACGAAAAGGAUUUCUGCUGCAUCUUGUGCAAGGACAUCUUCAAGGACCCCGUGCUCCUGACAUGUGCACACUCUGUGUGUGAGCCCUGUCUGAAGCACUUCUGGAUCGACAACGGGGCGCACGAGUGUCCAGUCUGCAGGAGGAGGUCGUCGAAAGCCGAGAUUCUACCCAACCUGGUGCUGAAGAACCUGUGCGAGACGUUCUGGCAGGAGAGGAGUCACAAGUCCCGAGCAGGGUGCGAGGAGGUCUGUCCGGAGCACAGCGAGAAGCUCCGCUUCUACUGCAUGGAGCACGACAGCCCCGUGUGUCUGGUGUGCCGCUUCGCCAGGAGACACACGUGCCACACCAUCAAACCCCGAGACAAAGAAGAGUUUGAGCCGUUUGACCUCAAGAUGUCGCCCGUCUUCUCCUCCGGUCUGCUCUGGAGUUUUGUGGGCUUGGGCAUUAUUUACUCAGGGGAAUUGGCUGAGAACAGCAAUGCUCUGAUUAACAACAGGGUAUAA